AUGCCGAUCGAUCUGAAAAAGGCGCUCAAGACCGACGAUCCCAAGUGGGACAAGCUCAAGCAGGGCUACAAGAAGGUCGAGACGGGCGCGUGGAAUGCGCUUGCGCCCGUGGGAAACUGGACCAACCGCACCGCAGGCAAGUUCGGCGCCGAAUCCUUCUGGCCCACGGAGCUCGCGCUCGAGUGCGACAAGGCGGCUCGUAUCCUGCGAACCUUCACCACCAAGGGUGCCUCUGUCGAGGUGGACGCUAGCAAUGCCGAGGGGCUCAGCGACCAGUCGGCCGUCAUCCCGCCCUCAGGCCCAAAGUACGACGCCAACGGAAAGAAAAUCAAAGACCCCCACAAGUACGACAAUCGCAAGACACAAAAGGUUAUCCGCAGGAUCCCGCCAAAGGUCCUCCAGAAAGCACAAGGUCUGGCCAUCUUCACCGUCUUCCGGACAGGGUUUGGCUUCAGUGGUGCAAGUGGAUCGGGAGUCGUGCUGUCGAGGCUCCCGGAUGGCUCGUGGUCGCCGCCUUCUGGUCUGCUGGUUCACACCAUCGGAUACGGACUGCUCAUCGGGCUCGAUAUCUACGAUGUUGUGCUCGUCCUGCGCAACCAGAAGGCUGUGGAUGCGUUCAAGCAUCCCAAGUUCAGCCUGGGCGGAGAGCUUUCCGUGGCUUGCGGACCUGUCGGAAACGGUAGGAUGCUCGAUUCCGGUGUAGAGGCAGCCCCCUGCUGGUCCUACGUCAAGUCCAAGGGCUUCUACGCCGGUAUUCAACUCGACGGUAACAUCAUUCUCAAGCGCGACGAUGAGAACGGCCGCUUCUACAACUCGCCCGGCAUUACGGCCGACAACAUCCUCUCCGGCCAGCUGCGCGCCCCUGCACCGCGCGCGGUCAUGCCUCUGUGGCAGACGAUCUAUGCGGCAGAGGGCCGGUCCGAGAUCAUGGGUACCGACCGCAUUCCGGAGGGCACUACACCAGGAGACCUCGAGCUCAGCGAGCAGGACAUGAAGGAUGCCAGCGCCUAUGCCGAACACGAGAACCACCAGUAUGGCGCCGCCGCGGCAUCAUCUGCUCCGGUGGGCAGCAUCUCGUCGCGCCGAGUGCCACCCACUCCAGGAAGCCAGGCUGCUGCCUCUUCCAGCAGCUCUUCAGCCGCUCCGCCACUUGCGGCUCAGCCUUAUGACGACCUGCCACCGGACUACGAGUUUGCCAACGCCCCCGUGAAUGCUCGUGGAGGCAAAGAGCUGAAUGACGCUGCGCCCACUGACUCUUCCCACGCAAGAGCGGGAGAUGCCCCGCCUAAUCCUUUUGCACAUCCAUCGGACGCUACCGGUGCUGGCGCCCCACAGUACGAGACUGCCGAGCAAGAGAAGGCGCGACUGCAGCAGCAGUAUGCCGCCUCCAAUCAGGUAGACAGCGCUGGCAGUGCCAACGUCGGCUCGACGCUCCCUGCUCGUGUCGAGGCGCUGUACGACUUCCAUGGCCAGGAGGCUGACGACCUUGGCUUCAAGACGGGAGACGUCAUCGAGGUUAUCGGCAAGGAAGACGAGAUGUGGUGGCGCGGCACCUUGGCUGGCCGCACAGGCAUCUUCCCGUCAAACUACACCCGUGCGCUUUGA